UUUUCAGAGAAAUAACAGGUUGUGGUAAGCACAGUAGUUGUGUCUCUUCUAUUGGUGUAAACACUCUCAAUAAAUCUUUUAUCUGCCCUCCAAAUAUCCAUUUCGCCUUCAAUUUAACUAAUAACACGACCAGUGACUUUCAUAGUUUCAAUACUUCUGAUGUUCUUAAAUGUUUAAAAUCUCUUAAACUUUCCCAGAAUCUAGGCCCUGAUGGUAUACCUGCCAUUGUUCUAGGGAAAUGUGCUGAUAUUUUAAGUAACAAACAUUUUCAAUACUUCGUUUUCUAAUAAUGUUGUACCUUCUCUGUGGAAAGAUAUUAAAAUCAUCCCUGUACCCAAGUCUGGUUCUGGAAAUAGUGUUAAGUUUAGACCUAUUGCCAUUACCUCUCCUUUUUUGAAUCUAAUGGAGAAACUAUUGUCACAAAAACUUGUUCCCUCCCUAAGCUUCUCAAAUGAUCCAAAGCAGUUUGCUUACAAAUAGAGCAGAAGUACUUUAGACGCUGCUUCUGUGUUUUAUCACAACACUGUAUCCUCCUUAAACAAAGGGGCCAAGUAUGUCCGUUGUACGUUCCUGGAUUACACAUCUGCUUUCGACUCUGUAUCUAGAGGCCUUUUGUUAAACAAGCUUAGCCUCACACAAACUGAGUCCUGGGCUAUUAACUGGCUACACUCUUGCUUCUCCAAUAGGAUGCAGUACAUGGUAUGCAAUGUUAAGAUAAGGGAAAAACCUCCAGACAUACUUGUGUUUCGAGAGGAGUUUUUCGUAACAAGUGAUGGUUUGUUGACAUUCUUACUCUCAGCAGGCUUAUUGAAUACAAAGUAUUCUUCCCCAUCAUUAGUCUCAACCCUGCGAAAUUUGUUCAUCGUGGUGAGGUUACUACGUUUGGGGGGAAAUUUCUUAAAACAACUUGCAGAAGUUCUAUCUAUUUUAAUAUCUUUCGAUGAGGCUUUAUUUACAGGGGUACUGAUAUCUAAAUCAGUUCCUAGUUCCAUUGGCAAGCGUGGUUGUUGUGUAGUUUGCUGAAUGCUAGUUCAAUGUUCAAUGAUGACUGCUGUGGUCAAUAAUUUUGGGGAAUUAUUUACCGCUACGGCAUAUUAAAAUGUGAAGGCGAUGAAAAUAAAGUAUAUAUUUAUAUAUAUGUAUAUAAAGGGUCAAGUUGCUGAAUAUAUGAUUGAGAAAGACAUUUUUCGUAGCAUGGAUGCGAGUAGAAUUUUCCACUGGUUGUUGGCCAACGACUUGUGAGAGGGCUUAGGUAUUGUCCAGGUACCAAAACCGCGUCAGUUGGUUAUCUGCAAAGAUCCCGAGUUUUUCAUUUUAAGAGUGGUCCAAAGUCCAUUAGGAAAGCGUCACGAGCUGCGUUCUCGUGUUUUCUGGUUACCAAAAUAGUUUUGUACGUUAUUCGAUUCCUCUGUAUCCCAUGUGCAUUAUAGGUUUUCAGUUGUUGUUUUCCAGCCCACCUCCUCACGGUGGACCUCCGUGUCCACCAUUCCGGUUUUAUAUGUUUUUGGGGCUGUCUGGAGAGCUCAGUAACAUUACAAAUAUGCGAAUAAAAAUCCAAAUCAAUGAGAUGAUAGAGUAACAAUAUAUUAUCAGAAAUGCAGUAAUGAGUUGUAUUAAUAAAAAGGUCACUUGGAUAUAAUGUUAAAGUCCGCUGCUAAAAAUUAUUAAUGUAAUCCAAAGGAGCGUUCACUGUUGGAAUUGCGUCUACUGGUAGACGCUGUGGACCGGUUGUAUAGUUGUCUUCGGAUAAGGAUAAUAGACUCCUGCAAUAAAUCCAAAGUAUACAACACGGUAUGAGUGGAGCAAAUAAGCAGUAAUGGCCAGUGAGAAGGCGAAGCUACUAACAGUAUAGUGUAUUUCGAAUUGUACUCGGAAGUUAUAUAUAUUUAAACAUGAAUCGUUUUAAACAAAAGUCAUGUACAAUGUCCCUAAUUUCAACAACAAACAAAAAGUGUACAAUCAUAUUGUUGCGUACUCCACAUAUGUUGAACAUUCACCCGUUUACUUUUGUGAGAUCAUCCCGCCGCAUGAAAAUAGUGAAUAAAGCUUACCUGGGAGUAUCCUUGAGCGCGUCUCUAUAUGAGAGCAUUUCGGGAUGAUGACCGGAGUGCACCCACCCACAGCCGUACCGGUUCAUUUAUAGAGUAACUGUCGAUAAGCUAGUUGACCAAAUGGCUUGUCAAAUUGAUCGAUGAAUUAGAUGAAAACGCAUCAAUAGAACCAAUUUUUGCAUUAAUAGCUGCAAUUUAUUCCGUAUUACAUGCUAGCUGUGCAAAAAAUGGAAAGAAUGGAGCACUCAUCUCUCUAACUGAAGUUGUAAUGCACAUCAUAAAUUUAUUGGCAAAGUUCGAUAAAAUGUAUAAUAAUAACAUACCGUUUAAUGUUUUUUAUCCUGCAUUGAAAGAAGCAUGUGCAUUCUUACGAUCUCAAACAAUCGAUGAUGAUAUGGACGUUGAAUUCGGUGUUGAAAGUGGGAAUGCAUGCACUAUUGCUAAAAGUGAUUUCUGUUUGGAAACAUUUCUCAGAUUAAUCUCAAACUCUCGAUUUCUAUAUGUCAAACGCUACAACUGUUCGGACUGUAUGCAGAAAUGUGGAACAGGUGAUACUGAUCUAGAAAAAUUAUUGAAUUUAGCCCUGAAAAACUCGUCUUGUUGUGAUCAAGCUAAAGCAGCUCUUUGUGAUCUGAAAUGUACAGUUGAACUUCAAGAACCUUGGAAAGGAUCUCUGAAGAACAAUACAACUGUUUCUGUAGGUAUUCGUUCUGUUAAUGGUCACUUUUAUUCAUAA